AUGAGUUCACCAGGGGGCGGUUAUGAAGAGCUCCGUAUAGCGAAACGCAUUGCUAUCAUUGCCGUGGAGACGAUGGGGCAGCUCGUCUGCUCGCUCCCCAGCGCGGCUAACGGAACUGGGACGCUGUUUCUGGGAUCGGAGACGAUUGUGCUUGCGAGCUUGGCCAUCUUUGAGCGUAGUACCUACGGAGCAGUCAUCCCAAGGUACAAGCGUCAAUAUGCACUUGACGACAUCGGAAAUCCCACGCUCUGGAUGCUGGUGCUGGAAAGCUGGAUGCACGUAGCAGGCACUGAUUGGAGCUUGCGGGAAUGCGAGGGUCAAGCGACAGCCCUUCUCGAUCCCGCCCAUGCCAACACGCCAGGCUGCACCCGGCUGGUCGAUGCCAAGCGCGCAACGACUCGGAACACCAUCGGCGGUGCCCGUGGAGGGCCGGGCUGGGUUGGCUGGUGUUUCUUAUUAGCGGUAAUAUUGACUUUGACGCGCAUUGAGCUCUUGGGAAGCGAAAUGGCCUCUGUGGAUGACGAUGCCGAUUCUGUUGCACGAUGCCGUACCUGUACCUGCUGGCUCGUUUCCCAGCGCCGCGAGAAAACAAACCGGCUGCAUGCAUUGACGGAUUCGCUCGCACUCAUUCCGUCCAUGCUCAUGCCCAAGCACGAGCUGCCGUAA